AUGCUGGAAAACAUCUCCCCCAGCGACCUGCUGGGUUUCACCUCGAUAGGCUGCUGGCUAGGUGCCCAGUUUCCCCAGGUCGUCGAAAACAUAAGACGGCAGUCGUGUGAAGGUCUGGCCUUGCCGUUCCUCGCCAACUGGCUUCUCGGCGACAUAUCCAACCUUGUUGGUUGUAUACUGACACAUCAGCUUCCCUUCCAGACAUGGCUAGCAACUUACUUCGUAUGCGUAGAUUGCAUGUUGGUCGCGCAAUAUUUCUACUACUACAAAACUCCAAAACAUCUCCCAUCCAUCCACCACAUCCGUUCGGCGACAGCCCCAGUCUCCGCUCGUCGACUUUCCGUCGAUAGAGGCGCGUCAAGAUAUCGCACGUUGUCUGCCGUUGCAUCUAAUAUGGCUGCUGCGGCUGCUCUGGCUGCACAACAAGAGGAACAGGCUGAUACCCAGCGAACUCCGCGAUUCGCGCAUAAACCCGGUCGACGGCGAGCGUACGAGGGAUCAGAGGGUCGUACACCGCGACCAACAGGCGAAGAUGAAGAUGAGGAUUUGCCAACGACGAUGGUGGAUAGUUUCCAUUCUGAGGGCGGCAGAACCACGACAUCAAAACAGGUUUCUUGGAGCAUCGAACGACACGGGGGCAGAGCGGCGAGCGUUGGACGCGCCCUUGGACCAACGACGCCUACUAUGAACCUACUUCCCGACGAGUCCUUAACGUCUCUUAUGAGCCCAGGCUCGCUGCAACGAGACCCCAGCCAUAUCGCUGAGUCGACAGAGUCUCUUUCCGCUCUACGAGGGUCCCGAGCAAGUCGGCGAGGAUCAAACAUGGUCUUCUUGGCCGUAUGGGCCCUUUUCGGCAUCGGAACGCUGGCAGGUCGGCAGAAUAUGCCUUCAACCAGCUUAAUGAAUGUUGGACGUGUUCUUUCGAUAAAUGGACAUCAUUUGGAUGUGCCUAUUUCCACCCCCCCAAUAGAGGCCCAAGUCCAUUCUCGCGAUGCCGGUCUUCAAGACUUUGAUGAUCUCGAAAUCGGUUUAACCCCCCUCGACGUCCAUGCCCGCGGAGAGGAUGUUCCGAACCAUGAGCCCCAUCCUGACGACCCUUCUCCAGAACAAGUCCUGGGUCGACUAUUUGCCUGGCUAUGUACUACUCUGUAUCUCACAUCCCGACUACCACAAAUUUGGAAGAAUUAUGUUAGAAAAUCGGUAGAGGGUCUCUCCAUGUAUCUAUUUGUGUUCGCAUUUUUGGGCAACGUCUUCUAUGUUGCGUCCAUUCUUGCAUCUCCGAGGCGCUUUCUUCCACCCCCCGAAUCAGCCAAAUACCUCAAAGAGAGUAUACCAUAUCUCCUCGGUAGUGGAGGAACACUAAUCUUUGAUAUAACUAUUGUGGGGCAAUCGUUCUGCUAUCGGUCUCGACACCGACGCCAUGCAACGAUGGCCUAUAGUAGAGUGCCAGACGAGGAGGAGUCAGGCCUUCUUUCAGGCGACGCUCUUUCGGCUCACCCACCAGGAGACUCCGCGAUUUUGAACAGAGGUCGGACUUCUCGCACACGGGCUGUGGGCUAG